AUGCAAUGGAAGAACGGUGAUACAACGAGUGGACAAGUUGUUGCUGGUGGCAAAGGCGAAGGAAAUGGAUCACACCAAUUGAAGCGUCCAACAAAUGUAUUAAUUGACAAAGAGACGGAUAAUCUCAUUAUUUGUGAUCGAGAGAAUCGACGAGUUGUACAAUGGUCUCGUCGUAGUGGUACAACACAAGGUGAAAUACUCAUCGACAACAUCGAUUGUUGUGGAUUAGCCAUGGAUGAGCAGAGAUAUCUCUACGUUUCUGACCACGGAAAACAUGAAGUAAGACGAUAUCAAUUGGGUGAGAAGAAUGGCACUCUCGUAGCUGGUGGUAAUGGUAAAGGUGAUGGUCUCAAUCAACUCAACGUGCCGACAUAUCUCUUUAUCGAUCGAGAUCAUUCAGUGUACGUAUCAGACAACAACAAUCAUCGUGUAAUGAAAUGGAAUAAAGGUGCAAAAGAAGGUAUUGUGGUCGCUGGAGGGCAAGGCUACGGAGAUGCUCUCACACAAUUGUCUUUUCCUAAUGAAAUCUUCGUUGAUACGUUGGAUACACUCUAUGUAGCAGACACGUUGAAUAAUCGUGUAAUGCGUUGGACUCAAGGAGACAAGAAACAAGGCAUUGUAAUUGUGGGUAGAAAUGGCCAAGGAGAAGGCGCAAAUCAGUUUCACUUACCCGUUGGUUUGUCUUUGGAUCGACAUGGUAACCUCUAUGUCGCCGAUCAGUAUAAUCAUCGUGUUCAACGAUUUUCUAUCGAAUAA